AUGUUGGCCUGCGGCAGAACAGCUCGAUUGGAGUCUAGUAGCCCCUUUGAGAACAACAACAUUUUCAGGGAAGCAGUCAUCCUGUCUGAAGAUCUUCACAUGGCCAACAGCAGCUGCUGCAUUUCACUCAGCUGGUGGAAGAAAGUCCGUUGUGACUUGACGGCACUUAACGUACAGAAGUACAUUGUGCUUUCCAGAAUGGAUACUUUGGAGCUCACAGCAGAUGUCAAUCAGACGCAGGUGUCAGAAUUUGUCUUCCUUGGUUUCUCUGGCAUCCCAAGGGGCCAUGCCUUCCUCUUCCUGGUUUUCCUCGCAAUCUACUUGGUUACUAUAAUUGGGAACACCACGAUAGUCACCCUGAUCCAGCUGGACUCCCGCCUUCACAGCCCUAUGUACUUUUUCCUCACCCACCUUUCCUGCUUGGACGUUUGCUACUCAUCCGUCACAGUCCCCAAGAUCCUGACAAAUUUCUUGCGCCAGAAGCCAACCAUCUCCUACAACCAGUGCAUGGCCCAGAUGUUCUUCCUGAUGACUUUCGCAGGCUCAGAAUGUGCCCUACUGGCUGUCAUGGCCUAUGACCGCUAUGCUGCCAUUUGCCAACCACUGCACUACAAUAAUCUCAUGAGCACCCAGGUCCGUGUCCCUUUGGCCAUCUUUUCGUGGCUCUGGGGCUUCUUGGACUCAGCCAUUCACACUACCUUGGCCACCAAUCUGUCCUUCUGCGGGGCCAACCAGAUUGACCACAUAUUCUGCGAUGUCCCACCACUCUUGAAAAUUGCCUGCAGCGACACCCACAUCAACAAGAUGGUCCUUCACACAGCCAGCAUCUUUGUGGGCUUCAGUCCAUUUCUACUUGUUGUCAUUUCAUAUGUCUACAUCCUGUCUGCCAUCUUGCGGAUUCGCUCCAACACUGGCCGGCGCAAGGCCUUUUCCACCUGCGCAUCCCACAUGGUUGUGGUCAUAAUCUACUUUGGGAUGGCCAAUGUGAACUACAACCGUCCCAGUGCCGGCUACUCCUUGGAGAUUGAUACCCUGGUCUCCACGCUGUAUUGCAUCAUCACCCCCAUGCUCAACCCCCUCAUCUACAGCUUACGCAACAAAGAGGUGAAGGGGGCCCUGUGGAAAGCUCUGGGGUUGCAGAGUAAGGAUUAUGCUUCCUCAAGCAAGCAGUGA